AUGGCUCAAACUUCACAGAGGAAAUGUAAGCGUGAAACUGAGGUCAACUGGAAGCCUGAUUUAAGUUCUAAAAUCCCUGUACGGUUGACCAGCUGUAUAUUCCAGAAACCAGUUACUAGGAUUGUUUGCUUCCCAGGCAAUGAGGUCAGGCGUGGCCAAUAUGAGGAGCAGCUGGAGAAUCCCCAACAGGCGUACAUAUACAUGAGACUGCAGGGGCUCCAGGCCUGCAGCAGCACGGGAGAACCGCUAAAGGCUCCGGACUUCAAAAAUGUAUUGAAAAGAAUCACACCUUCUGGUGGAGGUAUGUCCCUGGGCUGUGUUGAUGACAAGGGUCCGUUCAUGUUCCCUAUUACAAGCCCUGAACAGUAUUUCAACGUGGCAGUGAUUGCCCCAGGGCUAGGUCUGUCUCUCUCACGGAAUGCCAGUGGACAGCUGGUAACUUCUGGAGAUACCAGGAAACAGGCACAGAAAGUGAAGAAAGCAAGGGAGAGAUUGGCUUUGGCCCUGAGGGCAGAAAGGCUGGCCAGGGAGGCAGAGGCCACAAAGAGCCAACAAGAAUGUCCUGAAAACUAG